AAAGUGAAAAAGAUAAGAUUGAGCAAGAGCGACACAAGUGAUUGCAAGACUUCACUACUUUUCCUUCGAAUUUGACGUCAACAAAGAGUCUUUCGGUCAUUUAUCUGACGCACUCACUAAAUUUCGUAGUUAAAAAAUAUCAAACACAAUAGAGUUUGGAUAUUUGCCCUAAAAAACCCAUUUGGGAAUAGAAGCAAUCAAGCAGUUUCCGAAAAAAAGGGAAAAGCUGAAGCUUGCGAAUUCAUCCACCGCUAUCGUACUCAUCGAUUUCUAUCACAAAGAUUUGCAGUGUCUCUCUUCUCUGCUAUUCCACUACCACUUCGCCGGCCAUUGUUCAACAUCUCUCCGGUUUCUUCACUGUGACGGCGAACCUUCCUGCGUUCAAUGUGUUUGUUGAAUUGACUCAAUGGCUUUCACUUGUGUUAAGUGUUAUCCAUGGUCUCUCCCUCACGUUCCCCUCUCCUUUUCCUCUAAACCCAUCUCCAAUUCCUCCAUUUUCUUUUCUGCUUCAGUUUCUGACCAGCUCGCCUCCUCUUCUUCCUCCAAUUUCACUUCCUCUUCACCAAAUGUUCAUCAGCUUCCUCCUGAUUUCACUCCCAAACAGCUCAUCGAGACCCUUCGUCGCCAGACUGAUGAAGUGGCUGCCCUUCGUGUCUUCAAUUGGGCUUCAAAGCAGCCUAACUUCGUGCCCAGUUCCUCAGUUUACGAGGAGAUUCUUCGCAAGCUUGGAAAAGCAGGGUCGUUCGAGUACAUGAGGCGUGUCCUGGAGGAGAUGAAGCUCUCUGGGUGUGAGUUUGAUAGAGGUAUUUUCUUGAUUUUUGUUGAGAGUUAUGGGAAAUUCGAGUUGUAUGAUGAAGUUAUGGGCAUUGUUAAAGUAAUGGAGGAUGAGUAUAGGAUAAAGCCAGAUACCCGUUUCUAUAAUGUGCUGUUGAAUGUUCUUGUGGAUGCAAAUAAGCUUAAACUUGUCGAAUCUGCACAUUCGAGCAUGGUUAGAAGACGAAUUAGGCAUGAUGUUUCGACAUUUAAUAUUUUGAUUAAGGCCCUUUGUAAAGCUCAUCAGGUUAGGCCUGCCAUUCUGAUGAUGGAAGAGAUGCCAAGUUAUGGCUUAUCUCCAGAUGAGACCACAUUCACGACUAUAAUGCAGGGGUACAUUGAGGGGGGAAAUUUAGAUGGUGCACUGAGAAUUAAAGAACAGAUGAUAGAAUACGGGUGCCCUUGUACUGACGUUACCGUUAAUGUCUUGAUUAAUGGGUUUUGCAAACAGGGUAGGAUUGAUCAAGCCUUGAGUUUUAUUCAAGAAGCGGUGAAUGAAGGAUUUCGUCCCGACCAGUUUACAUAUAAUACUCUUGUGAAUGGUUUGUGCAAGGUUGGUCAUGCCAAGCAUGCUAUGGAAGUUGUAGAUGCUAUGCUUUUAGGAGGACUUGAUCCAGAUAUCUACACAUACAACUCUCUGAUUUCUGGAUUUUGUAAGCUGGGUGAAAUUGAGGAAGCAGUGAAGAUUCUGGAUCAGAUGGUUUCAAGGGAUUGCUCUCCAAAUGCUGUCACCUAUAAUACUAUAAUUAGCUCCUUGUGUAAGGAGAAUCGAGUUGAAGAGGCCACAGAAAUAGCUCGUCUUCUCACAAGUAAGGGAGUCUUACCAGAUGUUUGUACAUUCAAUUCUUUGAUACAGGGUCUUUGCUUGUCUAGCAAUCACAAGAAUGCUAUGGAGCUUUUUGAGGAAAUGAAGGGUAAAGGAUGCCGACCGGAUGAGUUUACAUACAAUAUGUUGAUUGAGAGUCUUUGUUCAAGUAGGAAACUGGAGGAAGCUUUAAAUCUGCUAAAGGAAAUGGAAUUGAGUGGCUGUGCACGUAAUGUAGUUAUCUAUAAUACAUUAAUCGAUGGGUUUUGUAAGAACAAGAGGAUUGAAGAAGCAGAGGAGAUAUUUGAUGAGAUGGAACUUCAGGGGGUUUCAAGGGAUUCAGUGACCUACAACAUUCUUAUUGAUGGGCUUUGUAAAAGCAAGAGAGUGGAAGAUGCUGCUCAAUUAAUGGACCAAAUGAUAAUGGAAGGCUUAAGGCCAGAUAAGUUCACCUACAAUUCACUUCUAACUCACUUUUGCAAGACCGGGGACAUUAAAAAGGCAGCAGAUAUAGUUCAAACUAUGACAUCAAGUGGAUGCAAUCCCGACAUCGUCACCUAUGGUACUCUUAUCAGUGGUCUCUGUAAGGCAGGAAGAGUUCAGGUUGCAAGUCGGCUUCUCCGAUCAAUUCAAAUGAAAGGGAUGGUUCUGACACCACAGGCCUAUAAUCCUGUCAUUCAAGCAUUGUUCAAACGGAACAGAACUCAUGAAGCCAUGAGACUUUUCAGAGAGAUGUUAGAGAAAUCUGAACCCCCAGAUGCAAUAACAUAUAAGAUUGUUUAUCGUGGUCUCUGCAACGGCGGAGGGCCGAUUGGAGAAGCAGUGGACUUCACGGUCGAGAUGAUAGAGAGAGGAAACAUACCAGAAUACUCAUCAUUUGUUAUGUUGGCCGAAGGUCUCUAUACUUUGUCCAUGGAUGACACCCUUUUAAAGCUUGUUGAUAUGAUAAUGGAGAAAGCUAAGUUCAAAGAGAGGGAGAUAUCUACUAUAAGGGGCUUUCUCAAAAUCCGAAAAUUUCAAGAUGCAUUGUCAACUCUUGGAGGUAUCUUGGACGAUAUGUAUCCCAGAAGAUCGUAUCGAGGAAGAUGAGAAUGAAUUGUUGUUUUUACUGCUCAUGGAGGUAUUUUGUACGAACUAAAAACAUUAUGUUUUUGUAAAUGUAAUUGGAAAUUAGUAGAAAUUUUAGAGGCCAAUUUGCUGCCAUUGCUAUCA